AUUCCAGAGUUUCAAGACUUCCUGAGGAGGGAGGAGAAGGCAUGUGUGCAGGGGUGUGUCUGGCGGCGACUCCAGGAGACAUGGCCAAGUUUGCCCUGAAUCAGAAUCUGCCUGACCUGGGAGGCCCUCGCCUGUGCCCCGGCCUAACGGGGGGCGUCCGCAGCCCAAGCUCGCCCUACUCAGUGGAAACGCCCUAUGGCUUCCAUCUGGAUCUGGACUUCCUCAAGUACGUGGAGGAGCUGGAGCGCGGCCCCGCCGCCCGCCGCGCCCCCGGCCCCUCGCCCGCGCGUCGCCCCCGCGUCCCCCGGGCCGGCCUCGCAGGCGCGCGCAGCCCCGGGGCCUGGACUUCCAGCGAGUCCCUGGCCAGUGACGACGGGGGAGCCUCGGGCGCACUGUCCCCGGGCGCGCCGCCUGGGUUCCUUCUGCUCCCGCCGUCGCCGCGCGCGCCUGUGCGCAACCCGCGCGUGGAGCACACGCUCCUGGAGACCAGCAGACGGCUGGAGCUGGCGCAGGCGCACGAGCGCGCGCCCAGCCCUGCCCGCGCGGUCACGCGCAGCCCGUGCGGGUCUGGCCGCAGCAGCCCCGCCCCCGGCUCGGCCCCCACCCCCGCCUCCCCUGGCCCUGCGCAACUGCAGCUGGUGCGCGAGCAGAUGGCCGCGGCGCUCCGGCGCCUGCGCGAGCUCGAGAAUCAGGCGCGCGCGCUGCCCGAGCUGCAGGAGCAGGUGCGUGCGCUGCGCGCCGAGAAGGCUCGGCUGCUGGCCGGGCGCGUGCAGCCGGAGCCCGACGCGGAGGCCGAGGCGCGCCCGGACAAGCUCGCUCAGCUGCGGCGGCUCACGGAGCGCCUGGCCGCCUCCGAGCGCGGCGUUCGCUCCAGGGUCAGCGCCUGGGCCGAUGGCCCCGAUGGGUUGGCUUCGAGGCGCAGCGAGAGCGCGCUGCACGUCCUCGAUCGGGCGCCCCAGACGAGGGAGGUGGGCGCCCAGGCUUCGCCGGAGAUCCAAGCUGCGGAGGCCCAGGUAGCGCCGGAGACCCGGGAGGCCGGUGCGGAGGCGGCCCCAGAGACCCUCGAGGCGGACGCAUGGGUGACCGAGGCGCUGCUGGGGUUGCCCGCGGCCGCCGAGCGUGAGCUGGAGCUGCUGCGCACCAGCCUGGAGCACCAGCGCGGAGUGGGCGAGCUCCUGCGGGGCCGGCUGCGGGAACUGGAGGAGGCUCGUGAGGCCGCGGAGGAGGAGGCAGCGGCGGCCCGGCCCCAGCCGCGCGAGGCUGCCACCCAGACCCCGUGGGGCUGUGCGGAGAAGGCCACGCAGACCGAGCCCCCCGAGGAGGCUCCUUCCCUGACGCAGGAGAACCUGCCCGGGCCCACGGACGGGGACAGAGCCGUGGCCCCUGCGGGCAUCCUCAAAUCCAUCAUGAAGAAGAGAGACGGUACGCCUGGUGCCCAGCCCAGUCCCGGACCCAAGAGCCUGCAGUUUGUUGGGGUCCUCAAUGGAGAGGGGACAGCUACCCCCACCUCGCGAGAGUCCAGAAUGAGCCCACGGGGGAGGCUCAGCCGCCGCCUCCCGACCUGCCCCAGGUACGAGAGCUCAUCCAGUGAGGACGACAGUGACAGUGACAGCGCGGACGGCGCUGCCGAGCCCCCGAAGAGCAGCUCCUCGGGCUCCGGGGAUGACAGCGGCGGGGGCUCCGACUCCGGCACCCCCGGCCCUUCCAGUAGUGGCGAUGUCCGGAACUCCGAGCCUGGUGCGCAGGGGAGGUGCGAAAUGAGCCCGCGUUUGAGGGAGGCGUGCGCAGCCCUGUACCGGCAGCUGAGCCGACCCCGCGGAGUGGCCCGUGAUGGCGGCGCGGCGCGCCUGGUGGCCCAGGAGUGGUUUCGAGUGUCGAGCCAGCGGCGCUCGCAGGCGGAGCCAGUGGCCGGAGUGCUGGGUGCCCUGGCGCGCCUGGGACCCGAGCUCCUGGCACACGUGGUGAACCUGGCGGAUGGCAACGGGAACACAGCCUUGCACUACAGCGUGUCCCACGGGAACCUGGCCAUCUCGAGCUUGCUGCUGGACACUGGGGUCUGCGAGGUUGACCGCCAGAAUCGAGCCGGCUACUCGGCUCUCAUGCUGGCUGCGCUCACUUCUGUGGGGAGAGAGGAGGACAUGGCUGUGGUCCAGAGGCUCUUCCACACGGGCAACGUUAAUGCCAAGGCCACCCAGACAGGGCAGACAGCCCUCAUGCUGGCCAUCAGCCACGGCCGUCAAGACAUGGUGGCAGCCCUGCUGGCCUGUGGGGCAGAUGUGAACGCACAGGAUGCAGAUGGGGCCACAGCGCUCAUGUGUGCCAGCGAGUACGGGCGCCUGGAUACUGUUCGGUUGCUGCUGGCCCAGCCAGGCUGCGAUCCCGCCCUCCUGGACAACGAGGGCACCAGUGCCCUGGCCAUUGCCCUGGAGGCUGAGCAGGAUGAGGUGGCUGCUCUGCUGCACGCCCACCUGAGUGCAGGCCAGCCCAGUCCCCCGGAGACCACGACAGGACACACACCCCCUCUCUCUCACCAGUCGCCCCCUGAUUCCCCGAUGGCUGUGGCUGGUGACGGAUGCAGUGGCAAUCGAGAGGACCCCCCAUUUCAGUGAGCGGCCUGACAUGCUGCACACCUCCACCUGAGGAGUGACCUUCCCCCACCCCUGCUCAGCCUCAGUGGCACAGAAGGGCCAGGGUCGCUGUCCAGAUGCUAUCCCUGGCCCAAGAGAAAGGCCUGGAUCACUCAGUGUCCAACUGAGGUUCACCUUGGGCCAGCAGGCUGAGGUGGGGGCUGAAGAGUGACACAGACCCAGUCCACCCACUCCCCAAACCUUCUCUAAUAAAACAUUCCUAACUCA